AGAAGCAAAGAGAACGUGCUGUGGAAGCAGAUGCGCUUGCAUUCGAGCAGGCCGUAGUAUACUCGUAGAACGUAGCGUACCAUUCGUACCGGCGAUAGCAAUGCAAUCUCAACAAGGUACACCGCACGGUAGCCCCGAGGUAUCCCGUGUUUCAAACGAACCUCCAAGUUUCGUGGCGUUGAACGAUGCUACUCAAGAAGAAACUGAUACAUCGAUCGCAGAUUGCCUUCGUGCAUGGAAACUCGGAGAAAUUCCACGUGAACACUUCCAUCGAAACCUCAAAGUCUUCCUCGUUGGCAUCUCCGUACUCGUUGCUCAGAUAAUGGUGGUGUCUUUCAUGUUGAAACCUAUACCAGGAGGGAAGGGUCACACUCCUGCGAUGAAAGAACAGAUAGUGUCAUACCCGAGAGCUGCAGUUGUGGAUGCCACCCCCUCGCGCCCUCGGGAGCUGUGGUGCACGUACGAGCCAGGUCACGAGGGUUACAUGUUAUGGGACGUCCCCGUGGAGUUCUGCAACGCAGUCCUCUACUGCUGCGUCGACCUGAGUCAUCGAGGCAUUCGCUAUUUGAGGCCGGACGUGGAUGAGGGACAUUCGGGCAUUGACCUUUUUUACACGUUGAGAGAGAAGCGACCAACUACAGCUCUUUACGCCUUAUUAGGGGAUGGUCAGCAGACGACCGCAGCUUUCCAGGAGAAGCUAGCGGGCGUGGACAUCCCAACGCUGAUUGAGACUGUCAGGUUGUGGCUUCGCAGUAAACAUCUUCAGGGUCUGGUUUUCUAUCACCACCGCCACGAGAAGCCUCUCCGAGGUGACAACACUUACAGGGACUACUACAAAGAUUUCGUCUACCAACUGGGUCGCGACGACCUCUUUGUAUCAGCCGUCGUGCCGUUUUACACAGAGUAUCCCGGGGGAGGAUUCUCCAUCGCACAGUUCGUGAACUUAAGCCUCAGCCACCUCGUCUUGAAAUCCCACAACCUCGGAGAACUGCCGCCUCAUCGUGCCGCAUGCCCAUCGCCGUUCACUUCGAAGGAAGAACAUCGUCGGACAUUGUCCAGUUUCUUCAGGGACGUGCGUCAUGCAUACGUCAAUUUCAACCAGGACUACGCUGGGAGGUUGCUCUUCAGCAUCUCUCUCUUAGCUGCUCAGUACCGCCUCACAGAUCCUAUGAGAUUCACGGAGCUGUCGCCAGCGUGGAAGCUGGAUGAUCCGGCAUUCUACUCCACCAUGUGUUCCCUGACUAAGAGAAUGGGCUUCGUAAACUUGACCUCUACCGAUGACACAGAUUGCCUGAUUGUCCACAAGGGCGUCAAGUGGUUCUCGGGAUUCGGACCUGAAAGCACCCGUGUCUUCCGAGUGACAAGUGGAUACGCAGGUGUCGUGCUCUUUGGCAUGCACUCAGACGACUAUCGUGGAGUCUGUGGACAGCCACAUCCUUUAGUUCGGCAUGUCCACUCUGCGUUGCGUAUUUUUGGAUAAACGCUGUUGCUGUAAAUGACGAAGAAAAUAUGUAUAUUUGCACGAAAUGAAAACUAAUUUGCUGCAUCACGGGUGUGGGAAGGGAAUCUCGAUAUUUAUAUAAAGAAACUGGAGGUAUAAUUACAACGGACAAUACACGAAUAAAUGGGACAGGCUGA